GUUCAUGCGUAAAAUGCACCCAUGUGCAUUUGGUUCCCAUUCAACUUUAAUCCAAAUUCUGAACUGACAGGUUGUACUAUAACAAAGGCACCGGGAAUUUCAGUUUCACAGUAGUUUUUCUUGCCACACCGGGGCGUGAUGUCACAGUAAAGACUCGUGCAACAGGAUCGGGAGCAUUUGUCCCCUACUUAAAAUCCACCUGCCACUUGGAGAGGAAAGUAGUUGAGUAGUUGUGGUUGGAUUACAACAUGGGAGGGUUCUAUUCUAGUGAGAAGAUGACAGGCCUGUUCGCCUAUGAAAGCUCCGAUUUGGACUGGUGUGAGGAUAACUACAGGCACUCUGAACACAUAGUGGAGUACUUCAACACUAUGAGCAGCCUGUUCUUCUUCGUGAUCUCCCCCAUCAUGCUGUACCUGCUGCACCCCUACGCCAGGGAGAGGAACCUGGCUGUACACCUGGUCUGGAUCAUGAUGAUCUUUGUGGGUCUCUUCUCUGCCUACUUCCACAUGACCCUGAGCUUCAUGGGCCAGAUGCUGGAUGAGCUGUCCAUCCUGUGGGUCCUGGGGCUCUGCUAUGGUCUCUGGUUCCCACGCAGGCUCUUCCCCUCCUUCAUCAAGGACAGGACGACUUUCUCCCGGCUGGUCAUGAUGAUAACUGUCGUCACCACCCUAUGCUCCUUUGUCAAACCCACUGCCAAUGCCUACCUCCUCAACUGCUUUGCCCUCCACAUCAUCUACUCAUUGGGUCUGGAGAUGAGGACCUGUACUGACCCGAAGGUGCUGCGGUUAUGUUGGUCUGCUGUUGGCCUGUGGGUGCUGGCCAUCUCCUGCUGGAUCAGUGAUCGUUUCGGAUGCAGCUUCUGGCAAAGGCUUAACUUCUGCUACCUGCAUGGCAUCUGGCACAUUCUGAUUGUGAUGGCUGUAGCCUACGCAAGCACCCUGAUAGCCUACUUGGAUGCCAACUAUGAGAUACCCUACUCCCUGCCAAGCCUUCAUUACUGGCCCAAUGACAACUGGGUCCUGGGGUUGCCUUACAUUGUUCUGAAAGGAACCACCAAGACUCAUAAAAGAUUCUAAAGAACAUUCAACUAAUGCAAGAGACAACUUGAAGGCUUUGGUGAUUAAAUGUGGUCUGUAGUGCCAUGCAGAGAAAGUGUAAAAUGCAGUGCCUUUCUUUUUACUUAGCAGUGACUCAGUUUGAGAAAUGGCUGCAAUCCAUUGGUUUGCUUCUUAUUUUAUAUGAUAAUAGAAUCAAUGCCACUCAGGUCAUUAAUGUGUGUAUGUUUGUAUGCAUUGUGUGUGAAUUUUGAUCAAUUCACCAAUCUGUUAUUUGCAUUCAUGCAGAUGUAGGAUCUUAAUUUGAUCACUCUUUUUUUUUGCUGAGAAUUUUCCUGCACUGCAGGAAAUGCAGUUGAGCUUAUUGGUUUACAUAAAUUCACUGAAAACCAACGGUUAUAUCAACAGUAUUUUGCUUUUCAUGUAGCAUACUUUUGGCCAGCUUAAUAGCCUAACCACCGAUCAAGCAACAUUAUGGACUAAACGUUAAAAUCCUAUUGCUGUAGGAUUAUUUUGCUGUUACAAUAUAGGUCAAAUUAAGAUCCUACAUCUGUAUGUGCAUGGAUAAUCUCUGCACAUCAUGUUUGUAAAAAAACAAACAUGUUUUUAUAUUUAGCUGUGUUUUGGUAUGAUUACAUGCUUGUCUUUGUAGUAACGAGUACUGAGAUACUUUCAACAAAAAAGACAGCUUUGAUUAAAUGUGGGGCUGAAUCACAACCACAUUUCAGGGGGCUUGUAGAGUUUGUUUACAUAACCUACACCCUUUUCAGGGAUAAAUAUCACAUUGUGUGUGAACUGAACUAAACUAAGUCAUUUUAUAACAUACAUGUAUUAAUUGAAUCUCUCUCAGGUUUUUCAAAGAGUAUUACAGUGUUAUUACAGAAACUGUUAGGAACAUGUCAAGUUUUGUUAUGUGUGGGGUUCUACCUCUAUGAGAGAAAUUACAUUUUUAUAUGAAUAAGAUUAACAGUUUGUGCAUUACUGAAAUAAAUGCACUGACGAAUUUGAGACAUUUAA